GGUCUCUUGUGGGGGUCUCUCGCGGGGGUUCAAGGGGUUUCUCACACCGAUUCAGAAAGUCUUUCACGACGGUUUAAGGGAUUUCUCACACCGACUCCGGAGGUCUCUCACGGGGGUUCGAAGGGUUUCUCAAAGGAGUUCUUUUUUGGAGUUUUUAAUUUUUUACUGCCUCCAAAAACACUCAAUCAUAACGCCCGAAAUAAGUCUCAAAAAUGGCUUAUCUUUCGUCGGUACUAUCUCCUGGAACAUCGUGACGUCGACAUCUAGACAUCCCAUUAUUGUCACAUGUUGUUUUGAAACAUUGAACUAUGAAAGAGAGAGGUUAUGUUGACGUAUCUAACUACUUAAAUUAAUUUAAAAGAAAGCAUAGUCUAAUAUUGUUUUUAUUUAGAAUCUGUUAAAUUUAUUUAGAAAACUAGGACACAAAAAAUGAGUACACAGAAAGGUAACUCAAAUCGAUCAAGACCACAAAAGUACAAAAAUCAAACUGCUUUCAAAAAUGACUUGCAUGAUAAAUCCCUCAAAACAAAAAUUAUUAAUAACAUUGAAAUAGCCAAUGUAUGUGAAAGAUGUAAACAGAUAAUUGAAUGGAAAAUUAAAUAUAAGAAAUAUAAACCAUUAAGAACGCCUGCAAAAUGCAUAAAAUGUGACCAAAAGUCAGUUAAACACUCAUAUCAUAACAUAUGCACACCUUGUGCUAAGCAAAAUAAGGUUUGUUCAAAAUGUGGCAGUGGAAGCAACAUUUUUGAAGAGAAACCCAGCAGAGAAGAAUCUAUCAAAUUAGAUGCUGAAUUACAAAAUCUUCUGAAAGAAUUACCGGAAAGGAAACGUAGAACAUUUAUACGUUAUAUGAAUCGAAAUGCUACAAAUAAAAACUGUAAUUCAGGCAGAAGUAAAAAUCAAACUAAAAAAUACGAAGACGAAGGAAAUGAGACUACAGAAGAAAGUAAAGAUCAGUCUGUUGUUGAACCUGUGUCCAAAGAUGAUAUGUUAUUAAAAUUAAAAUCACUGAUAAUCAAAAAUGAAGAUGAUAAUGAUGAUGAAUUCGAUGAUGAUGACAAUUGGGAUUCUGAUUCAUUCACAUGAGAAUAAAUUAGUGUAUAUUUCUUAUUUUUAAGUAUGUUUUUAUUAUAAUUAAAGCAAUAACAAAUUA